GCUCAGGCAACACGAGCCUGGCCAUACUGUCAAAAAUCCCUAAUUAUAAAUUUUCGAGGAGCAAAGGACGGUUGCACUUGAUCUCCCGACUUAAUUAAGCACAGCUUUGCUCCGUCGACCCGCCAAUUUGUCCUCCGCCGGCGGCAGCUUUUCCGGCUUUGGAGAAUUUAAGUUGGCAUCACUUAUAGUUAUUGAAACUCAAUUCGAGGGAUGGAAAUAGUACCAGGUACAGGCAAGAGGAAACUUUCGAAAGAAGCUUUAGAUGAAAAUCCCUCACCAGCUGAUGAAACUCAGAAUUCUGAAAGUGCAGUGAAACGGCGCAAUAUAUCUCGAACUUGCAUCCAUGAGGUUGCUUUUCCAGAUGAUUUUAGUUCAUCAAAUAAUGAAUCAAUUCAUGGGACAUUAGAGAAUCCAAUCUAUGUUGGAAAAAUGGCUAAAACGUAUCCAUUUGAAUUAGAUCCAUUCCAACGAGUUUCAAUUGCUUGUCUAGAGCGGAAUGAGUCUGUCUUGGUAUCUGCUCACACUUCCGCUGGUAAGACUGCAGUAGCUGAGUAUGCCAUCGCAAUGUCCUUCCGUGACAAGCAGAGGGUUAUCUACACCUCACCCUUGAAAGCUUUAAGCAAUCAGAAAUACAGAGAGUUAAAUCAGGAGUUUUCUGAUGUUGGUUUGAUGACCGGUGAUGUGACCCUCUCACCUCAUGCCAGUUGCCUAGUCAUGACAACAGAGAUACUCAGAGGAAUGCUCUAUAGGGGUACAGAAUUACUAAAGGAGGUAGCAUGGGUUAUUUUUGAUGAGAUACACUAUAUGAAGGACCGAGAAAGAGGGGUUGUGUGGGAGGAGAGCAUAAUUUUUUUGCCACCAGCAAUCAAGAUGGUAUUUUUAUCUGCGACCAUGUCAAAUGCCACAGAAUUUGCCGAGUGGAUAUGCAAGUUGCAUAAACAGCCCUGUCAUGUAGUUUACACGGACUUCAGGCCUACACCUUUACAGCACUAUGUGUUUCCGGUGGGUGGAUCUGGUUUGUACCUGGUGGUGGAUGAGAAUGAGCAGUUUAAAGAGGAUAAUUUUGCAAAGCUGCAGGAGACUUUCACUAAGCAAAAGAAUCAGGUGGAUGGCCACCGAAAUGUAAAAGCAAGUAGCCGGAUUGCAAAGGGUGGUACUGCUUCAGCGGGUUCUGACAUAUACAAGAUUGUGAAGAUGAUAAUGGAGCGGAAAUUCCAACCAGUAAUAAUCUUCAGCUUUAGCAGAAGGGAGUGCGAGCAGCAUGCUAUGUCCAUGGCUAAACUUGACUUUAACACCGAAGAAGAAAGGGAUGUUGUUGAACAGGUUUUUAAAAAUGCUAUCCUCUGCUUGAGCGAGGAAGAUAGAAAUUUACCAGCUAUUCAGCUAAUGCUUCCACUACUUCAACGGGGCAUAGCAGUCCAUCAUUCAGGACUGCUUCCAAUAAUUAAGGAGUUAGUAGAGUUGCUAUUCCAGGAAGGCCUUGUCAAAGCUCUUUUUGCCACGGAAACAUUUGCUAUGGGCCUGAAUAUGCCUGCAAAGACUGUUGUUUUCACAUCUGUGAGAAAAUGGGAUGGUGACAGCAAUCGUUAUAUUGGAUCUGGUGAAUACAUUCAGAUGAGUGGAAGAGCUGGCCGUCGUGGUAAAGAUGAGCGUGGCAUUUGCAUUAUAAUGAUUGAUGAGAAGAUGGAAAUGGAUGUUCUCAAGGACAUGGUUUUGGGUAAACCUGCCCCUUUGGUCAGUACUUUCAGGUUGAGUUAUUACACUAUUCUAAAUUUACUGAGCCGUGCUGAGGGUCAAUUUACAGCCGAGCAUGUUAUAAAGAAUUCAUUCCACCAGUUCCAGUAUGAGAAGUCUUUGCCAGACAUGAACAAAAAGAUUUCGAAGUUGGAAACAGAAGCAGCUAUGCUUGAAUCCUCAGGCGAGACUGAACUUGCUGAUUAUCAUAAUUUGGGACUUGAAAUUGCUCAACUUGAAAGGAAGAUCAUGUCUGAAAUCACCAGGCCUGAAAGGAUUUUGUAUUAUUUAGUCCCGGGUAGGCUGGUCAAGGUACGGGAGGGUGGGACUGAUUGGGGUUGGGGAGUUGUAGUUAAUGUGGUUAAAAAACCUCCUUCAGGAGCAGGUUCAUUACAACCUGCACUUGCUGCUUCACGUGGUAGUAGUUACCUCGUCGAUACUUUGCUUAAUUGUUCUCUUGGUUCAAGCGACAACGGUUCUCGCCAAAAGCCAUUCCCACCUUGUCCUGGAGAAAGGAGUGAAAUGCAUGUGGUUCCUGUACCGUUACAUCUAAUAUCCGGCAUCAGCAAUAUAAGAAUUUCAUUCCCUCCUGAUCUUCGUCCUGCAGAGGCAAGACAGACAGUACUUCUAGCUGUGCAGGAACUGCAUAAGAAAUUUCCUCAUGGACUCCCCAGGUUAAAUCCUGUCAAGGACAUGGGUAUCAAUGAUCCGGAACUUACUGAAUUAGUUCAUAAAUUUGAAGAACUGGAGCAGAAAUUAGCCGCUCAUCCACUGCAUGAGUCUACCCAAACUGAGAAGCAAUACCAAUGGUUCCAAAGAAAAGCUCAGCUAAAUCAUGAAAUCCAACUGCUUAAGUCCAAGAUGAGGGAUUCUCAGCUACAAAAGUUCCGUGAUGAGCUGAAAAACCGUUCAAGGGUUCUAAAGAGGCUUGGUCACAUAGACGCAGACAGUGUAGUUCAGUUGAAGGGGCGUGCUGCCUGUCUGAUUGACACUGGCGAUGAACUUCUUGUCACGGAGCUUAUGUUUAAUGGUACAUUUAAUGAUCUCGAUCCACAUCAAGCUGUUGCCCUUGCAAGCUGCUUUAUUCCUGGAGAUAAAUCAAGUGAUCAAGUAUUUUCGAGAAUUGAGCUAGCAAAACCUUUACAACAGCUUCAGGAUAGUGCCAGAAAAAUAGCCGAGAUACAACGUGAGUGCAAAUUGGACAUAAAUGUGGAGGAGUAUGUUGAAGCAACUGUAAGACCAUAUUUGAUGGAUGUUAUCUACUGUUGGUCGAAGGGCGCAACGUUUGCAGAGGUGAUUGAAAUGACAGAUAUUUUUGAGGGAAGCAUUAUACGCCUAGCCAGACGGCUAGAUGAAUUCUUGAACCAGUUGAAAGCUGCUGCCCAUGCUGUAGGAGAGAUCAAUCUGGAGAAGAAGUUUGAAUCAGGCACUGAAAGCCUUCGGCGUGGAAUAAUGUUCGCCAACUCUCUGUACUUGUAGAAAGGGCAUGCUUCUGGUUUUCCAUUGGCAUGGUUGUGCAGCUAUUGAUUCUUAUGAGGGAGCCAUUUCCUGGGCAUCUGAAGAUUACAAGUACAUUUGGGUUAUAGGGCUGCUAACAAGAGAGUAACUGGCUUUGCCAUAAGAAAGGAUCGGUUUGGAAAGUAUAUUUUGCAUCGAAUCAGACCGAAAGGCUGUGUGGAGCUGUGAUAUCAUUGUAUCAGCUUUAUAGGGUCAGAUGUGUGAGCUCUUUACUGUAUUAAUUUUCUACAAUCCUUCCUAAACUAACAAUGAAUGUGGAUUGUAGUUAACUUGUAGGGGAUUUUAGUUACAACCCCAGUUUUAUUAACCCCCAUUCUGUGUCUGCAAGCUUUUAAGAUGUAUUUUAGUUGUCCUGUUUUAGUGAAGUUUUUUCAAUAUA